AUGAGGAAUCAGCAAGAGCGAGAAGAAAGUGUGGACUCCUUGGUGAGUCCAAGCUUCAGCAGCUACACUUCCGACAAGCUGGCAGAUAUCGCCGAUCAAGUAAACCGAGACUACUUUCGCAGCCUAGAGCCACGAGACAAUGGCUUCGAAUUCGUCACGUUGCGGAAGGCCGCCAACGGCGUCUUACUCGACGGCUACGUAGGCCCUGUUUUCCCAAUUUUCAAUCGAGACCUGUUAAUGCUGGAUGAGAAUGAUGGUGGAAAUGGCCGUGCUCGGGAAUCUAGUGAAGAGGAGGAUCAUGUGAUGGCUCUUCAAUUCCGGAUAAGGAAUUUGACGAUUCAUCACGAUCAUGAUCCACCGUCUUCCUCAUCGUCGUCUGAUGUUGAUAAUUCGGAGGAAAUUCCGCCGGGAAGUUACUGCGUUUGGACUCCUAAUUCAACCAAAGCCUCGCCGAGCAGACGCAAGAAGAGCAACUCUACAGGAUCGCCGCCGCCAUCGAAACGGUGGAAGCUUCUGGAUUUGCUGCGGCGGAGCAACAGCGCCGGGAAGGACUCGUUGGCGUUCUUAACUCCGACAUCUUCAGGGUCCAAUUUGGAGAAGAAAAAGAAGGAGGCGAAAGGGGAGAAUUCGAAAGAGAAGAAGGUUUCGGCUCAUGAAGCUCUCUACGCGAGGAACAGGGAGGUGAGCAAACUGAGCAAGAGAAGGUCUUACUUACCGUACAGGCAGGGCCUGAUCGGAUUCGGUGUUAGUGUCGACGGCGUGGGCAGGGCCUUGCGUUCAUUCUGA